UCGGGUGUUUCUCAGGAUUAUAGGUUUUUAGGUCAAACAGAAACCCUGGGAGCGCCCAAUGCAGCCCCACACACGCGGUUACAUUAUGCACCGGCUGGGUGACAUCGACCCUGCCGCUGUGGUGUGUCCUGAAAGCUGUUGUGCCUGAUUUGCGGAGAUUCUCUCACAGUGUGGCCAGCGGCGACCCGCAGCACAGGGUAAGGGCGUGGCUCUGAAGUCCUGAAGGCUUCCUGGUGGGCUGAAGGCUGCACGUGGGAACCCCCCCCAUUCAUUUCAGAAGCUGGACCAGUGGGCCCUGCUCGCUUGCAUCCUUUGUCAUCCUCGGCAUCCACGAUGGACGAGACGCGGGAGCCUCUGGCCAUGACUGUCCACCUCCUGGCCAACUCCGGGCAUGGCUCGCUUCUGCAGCAAACCCUGGACCAGCUCCUGGACUGCAUUUGCCCAGAGGUCCGUGUCUUUCUGGUGUCUGAGCGGGUCAGUCCAGUGAAAUACUAUGACAAAUGCCACUCCAAGCGGUCCCGCUUCCCGGGGAUGUCUGUUCUGCUCUUCCUGCAUGAAAGCCUCGGAGAGGAGCGGCUGUUUCGCGUUCUUGACUCCCUACAGCAUUGGCCGUGGCAGUGCUACCCCACCCAGAAUGCGCAGGGAAGACCGUGCCCCUAUAUUCUCGCCAAUCAGGAAUUCUAUAGUCUGGACAACCAGAUGCCCGUCUGGGGCGUGAGGCAGGUGCACUGUGGCACCGAGGUCCUGAGAGUGACGCUCUACUGCAGCUUUGAUAACUACGAGGAUGCCAUCGGGCUCUAUGAGAUGAUCCUGCAGAGGGAAGCCACCUUGCAGAAGAGCAACUUCUGUUUCUUCGCGGUCUACUCCACCGAGACCUUUGCCCUGCAGCUCUCCCUGAAGCAGCUGCCCCCUGGAGUGUCGGUGGACCCCAAAGAGGCUUCAGUGUUGCAGUUCAAGGUUCAAGAGAUUGGCCAGUUAGUGCCUCUUCUACCCCAUCCGUGUGUCCCCAUCAGCCAUACCCGGUGGCAAACACAGGACUAUGAUGGCAACAAGAUUCUCCUUCAGGUCCAGUUGAAUCCAGGACUUGGUGUUAGGAAUGGUGAGCUUGCCUUUCUGAAUGGCACCUCGGGAGCUGACACGCUCCCCCAGGGCUCCAGGCUGACCCCUGUCUCUGCGAUUAGGACCCUAGAGCCGAGAAGCCGAAGGAGCCGGGGCAGGAGGUUCAAGGUGGGUUCCGUGGAGCGGCCUGAGCCUGGUGGGCGGACAGCGUCAGACAGCGCUAGUGGCACUUCGUGGAAAAGCCCUGGCCGCUCAGCCCAGCCCAGCAGCCCAGCUACGGACUCCCAGCUGCCUCUGCCUUCUCUCCACCUCGAACCCGGGGCCAGAAUAAAGGUCCUCAGACGGGAAAACAGCUUUGAGAAGCAAGAGGCAGAGACGAAUGUUGACACAGGAUGCACCGUGGUCAGCUCUGGACCCAGGCAAUCUUUUCUGAGCAGAUUUCCAAGGGAUCUUUGGACCCACCAGCCACCAUCCUGCUUGUCAACCUCUUCCUUAGGGGCAGCUGCUUCCAAAAACAACAGAAUCUUUAAGGAAAGCAUUCAUCCUCUGUCACUUGCUGGCCAAAGGGACCUUUGUACCAGGACGACAAUCUCAAAAUGCCCCCUUCCUCUGCCAGCCCAGGGUGAAGAAAAAGAAGCAGAAGAAUUCUUUAUAUAGCAUAAAACAACUGUGCUUUUCUAAAACACAAAAUCAAAUAGAAUGUUCUAGAAAUGGAGCACUGACCCAGAAUCAGCCUGUUUCUUGUUCAUCUGAGGGGCCCUAAAUGCUAGCCAUGCACAGAUCUGUAUCGCUUUUAUUUCAAAUGUUCAAAGUCUAGCAGUGCUGGUGAGUGGUUGUUUAUUUGCCAUCAUGGUCAUAAGGGAACACAGCCAACGCAUAAGGAAAAAGCCCAAUGCCUCACGUCCUUGGAGACACACUAACACAGCUGGGUGUGUUGAGUUCAGUACCUAUCAGGAUAAUUGCAUUGUAUGCAAAUAAGUUGGAUGUGUUAUGCAAUGCUGAUUAGAGUCUGUAAUUUGGUUUUAAUUUUUACUUGCGUUGCAUUGCUUAUCUCCCCGGGCAGCAUGGGCUAUUUAUUCUUUAGUGUUUUUUAAUUUUUAUGUGACCUCAUUUGGUAACUAGGCCCUGUUCACCACUCACCUCUAGUGAUUUUUGCCUUUAAAGUUGUUUGCAUCUGGAAUGAGUUAACACGCAAAGUGUUUUGAACAUUACAAACAUUUCUCUUUUUUUCCUGUUUAAUGAGCAGCAACCCUGGAAACCAAAAAAAUCAAGUUAAAAAUGAAAGCUAGGCUCUAGGGUUUUCCGGCUCCUCCAUUGCUUGUUUGUUUCCGCACUACUCCAGUGGGGCCCGUGGUUCAUAUAAUUAAGCAGAGAGGAGUGGAAUGUGAUUGGAUGAUUCGAGAUCUCCACUGAGUGUGGCAGCAAGAUUGCAUUGGUUGGGUCACUGGAGCAGGACUUGGGUUUUUUUGGCCAUGUUCAAAUUCCUGAAUUCCUUUGCAAUACUCAUUCAUUUAUUCAUUCAUUUAUACAUCCAUUCGUGCAACACAGUGUAUGAAUACCUACCUUUGAAUAAGACAUUGGUAUAUGGUACACAUACAUUCUGUGGCCAUCAAACCAAAAACUUAUUUAUGGUUUCACUGUAUCACAAAUCCAUUCUAUCAAUUCUUAAGAACAGGUGGAAGUUCAAACUUAUUUCUCUGGGAAACUUUUCCACAGCUGAUUACCACACUUGCUGCACAGGCUGUGAUAAGAAUUCACAACCUGUGGAUGGAGAUUGGGCAUAUUAUGAAUUGCAAUUAUAAUCAUAAUGGACAAAUUCUUAGUUGCUCAUAUGAUGUAUUAUUUGGUUGGGUCUAUACACACAUUUUUUAAAAAUCUGAGGUCUGUGUGUUUCAGUUAAUUUAUAAGGUUAUUUGACUCCAAGAACUUCAUUUUCCAGAACAGAUGUUAUGUGACUAUAAGUGCUGAUUUAGCUGGAUCUUUUGGAGACCCCUAUACUGAGUAUACCUAAUUGGAGAGAAGGAUGAGUUCAGGCUUAAGCAUGAAUCUUAUGGCAGCGAGACUGGACUGAGUUUGUGUGCUCUGUCCCCCUAAAAGAAUAGAAAUGGAAGACAGCUGCAAAUGGACAAAGACACGACUUCUUAACGGAUUUUUGUCCUUAUACUAUCAGUAUAUUCUUAUCCCCAUUUUCUUUCUUUCCCUCAGAUUAAAGUUAGAUCUUAGAAUGUGGAAUGAAGAACUUACUUUUGGUAUGGUUUUCUAUAAUAAGAGUUUAAAAAAAAUGAAAGUCUUAUUUAAGUUGAACUACUGAGCUGCUUUGAAAAGCACAGCAGGCGGUUCUGAAGUUUCUUUCCGACUUUUUUGAGGUUAUCUAAUUCCUUUAACAUAAUACAUAGGUAGGAAUAUAAGUACAUGGAAAGCAUAAAGAAUAUUGAGGAAUUUGAAUGAGUAACUUACAAAAUUGACUUGUAAAAUAAGAGUGUACUCUUAAAAUGUACUCUAUUGUAUCCUCCUACUCACUAUAGGAAUCCAAUUUACAGCAUGAUGGGAUGGAAAUGCCAGUGGGCUAUGUGAGAGAGGACCAGAUUUUGGUCUCAGUUUAAAAUUUACUAUUUAUAUGUGACCUUAAACUCUUUGAUCUUCUGUUGCCUUAUCUUCUGUACCAAGGUUGUUAGGAAAAUCAAGAUUAUGCAUAUGAAAGCAUUUGGAUAUUGUUAAACACAGUAAAUAUGUAAGAUAUUAUAAUCACAAAUGGUCCUUCAGGCUCACAUUUUUAAAAUGUCUUAACA